AACAGCAUUAUGUACUUAGUUCAUUUUGCCAAAAAACUUUUGGUCUUAUAAUAUUCUUCAAUAUAUUCUUCAAUCACCAUUAUCAAUACGUAGAAGAGAAAAAAACUCAACCAACCAAAACAAAAUAACAAAACCCCAUUUUGCAUAAACCUUCAAGAUUUCUCAUUUAUAAUCACCAUAGCCAUUAAUUUUUUUAUUUAUUGUCAUUUUGUUUCAAGAAAUCAUCAACUUAGUGAGGAAAAAAAAAAACACAUCUUUAAUUAAACCUUAUAGAAUGGAGUUAAAUUGUAGUAGCAACCCCACCCCUACCUCCACCAAAACCCCAGAUUCAGAAAUUGAUACCCCACCAUUAAUUAAGCCUUUGUCUUUCAGCAACGGCGCAUUCAAGCAGCACCAUCAGUACCACCACCAACAACCGCCAUGUGCAGCGGUGAUUUACAAGGAGUGCUUGAAGAAUCAUGCAGCAAGUAUAGGCGGACACGCCGUAGACGGUUGUGGUGAGUUCAUAGCUUCACCGGAUUCCAACCCAUCAGAUCCCAUUUCACUAAAAUGCGCCGCUUGUGGUUGCCACCGGAACUUCCACCGCCGUGAACCGUCAGACGAUUCGUCGUCGCCGACCCAUUUCACCUCUUCCCAUUUCAUCGAUUUCCGCCACCAUAUUUUUCCCCCAAUUAAGCGAUUCUCUCCAUCUCCGUCUCCGUCUCCGUCACUAUCUCCGCCGCCGCUGCCGUCACUGUCGCAACCCCAACCUGUUACCCCUACAGCUUUAAUAACAGAGAACCCAAAUGGGAGAAAGCGAUUUAGGACCAAAUUUACUCAAGAACAGAAAGAGAAAAUGCAUUCGUUUUCUGAGAAAUUAGGUUGGAAAUUGCAGAAAUGUGAUGAAGCUGCUAUUGAUGAAUUUUGUCAUGAAAUUGGAGUUGGAAAAGGGGUUCUUAGAGUUUGGAUGCAUAACAACAAGAAUACUUUUGGGAAAAAAGAAUACCAAAUUUCCAAUAAUAAUCACAAUGAGUUCAAUAUCAAUGGCACAACAAGCAGCAAUGAAGCUAUUCAUCAUCACAACAACAAUGAUAAUAGUACUACUAGUAAUUGUGGGCUUCAUCUUCAUAUUUCCACUAAUGGGUCUUCUUCUUCAUCAUGAUUUAGUCAUUUUGUAAUUUGUUGUCACUAGCAACUGUUUAAUGUUCAUGGAAAUGCAAACCCAAGAACAAUGAAUAGCAACUAUCUAAGAUAUUAAAGAUAAAUGUAAGAUCUCUUUUCUAAAUUUUACUGUACUAGAUAUCUUAUUAUCAUUGAUUAUUAAGAUUGAGCGAUUUGUUUGA